AGGCUUCCAGUUGGUGCCCCUGGUCGAAUGGGUGGCCGGAUUCCAAUCCAUGACUCACCUGAUCUUCGGCCUGAUGUGGCUCCACCCAUCGUGGAGGAUGUGGAAUUGCCAGAAGUAGCCCCUGCGCGCAUUCCGUGCACUUUGCAGCGGACACAAACAGCACCGCAGUUAAGGCAUCCAAAGAGUUUUGCAGAGCAACUGGCAGAGAUGGCUGCGUUGAGUAAACGAUCGCACCAGGGCGUCAAGAAGCGAGCUCGGUCUGCGCCCGCGCAAGUGGACACGCGCGACUUCGAUGCAGGGGACUUGAUGAAAAACACUGCCGUGGCAUUGGCACUGCAGGGGGAGAUCUCGAAGGUGCUUUCAAUGGAAUGCUCAGAAGGACCUUUGAAUCUCUUCUGGCGGCAGGGUCGCGGCUCUGAGAGGAAAGAAACAGCAGAACUCACACGGCUGCGUCUCAGCUGCGGCGCGAUUCUGCUCUUCGCAUCCCUGCGCAACGCCUUUCCUUCCGUGGAGCUGCCAUUGAAGCACUUCGCCCCCACUGAGACUAUUGGUGUUAAGGAUGAGCCUGAGGUGGCACCAGAAGAAGGUGAGGAGCCGGAACAGGACUUUUCCGUACGAGCCAAGGAGGCCAAGGAGAAGCCAGCACCGCCUGUUUCCCGCCGCAUCAUGGCCACGUUGGCAGAUGGUGCCUUCGCUAUGGGUUUCUCUGUGAUCUUCCACAGCAUGCCGAGCACUCACUUCGCACGUACUUCGCCCUUGGGUUCCGGUGUUUUCCAUAUCAGUUUGCCACAAGCCAUGUUGGAGGAGCAAGUCCUGCAGGAUGUCUUGACGCAUCGUUGUGCUGGACCCUAUGGAGAGACUUGGAUGGCUUGGACUACUGGCUCACUCUUGGUCUUGCUGUCUAAAUAUCUCUUGGAGGAGGAACACACGGCGUCGCGCUACUGGACCAGGUUGGCCGGUUGGCUCCAGCAGCAGCAUCACCUCUUUUUUUCGACGAGUUGUUGUCUUCGUGUGCUCUUGGCCUUCGAAUUGCUGAACGAGUACUACGUGCUUCGACCUGAGGACAAGCUGAUUCGUCUCAAGGAAGUCUUUCCGUUCCUUUCAAAGCUCGUCUCAAGUGUCAAGGAUUUACCAGCCAAGCUCGACAUGUGUGCCGACUUUUGCCAGAGGCCCCUUCUCCAUGCCCCGAAGAUCUGCGCGGAGCUACCUGGGUCGCGGAGCUUCGACGCCAACUUCGCCGAGUGGGGCAAGGAAUUCAUUCCAGGUGGUUUGGCAGUGGAUUUGGGAGUGCCUUUGAUGGAUUUCGCCAAAUGGGUAGGGCAUCUGAAACCGGGUCGCAUCAUCUACGCGUCUCCCAAUGCCUCGGCGGAUUGGGAUUUGCUCUUGCGUUUGAACUGGAGCGUCGUCAUCAUUUCAUUCCACGCAGCCAGGAAUCAAGAGCUCACUGGAGAGAAGCUCUUUCGAAUGUAUCGCCGCAGCGUGGGCGAGCCGAACUGGUGGGGCAAGCGCGUGCGUUCGAUCAGCCACAUUGUAAUGGCAGAUCGUUUGGCAUUUGAGUUGGAGGCAUUGUUCCCGAGCACCUUGCAAUGCGUGGAGGUUCCGGGCGGCUGCACAAUGCCUGGCGGUUCUGCCACAGCUGGAGGGCGAAAACCCAAGACGACGCAAACCAAGACAGACGAUGAUCCUGAUGCUGUUGAUGACGAAAUGGAGGACGAAGAGGUGGAGGAAGAGUCGCCCAUCCCGACGAUUGACAAAUCCAAAUCCGACAAAUCAGCUGAAAUCAAUUGCAUUGAGGUUACGGAGAGGUGUGACUUUGUGAUACGUCCUGGUUCGGAGCUGCUUUUGUGCAGGGCGUCUGAAGGCUUGGAGCGAUUGUUGGGCCCAAUGGCCAAUGCAGUUCUUGGUCAUCGACGUAGCUUUGACAAAGAGAUCUCCCAAGAGCUCAGUGGUGAACAGAUGCGCGAUGCUGCCAAGCGCAGAGCAGAGCUGAACCGCGCACGCUGGUCACAGGACAAAAGUCGUUUGGCAUGUCGGCAGCCACUGCCUACAGCCUCAGAAAAACAACUCACAUUCAACAUGGAGGCUCUUCGGAACAUCUUGGAUCACAUCUACAACCACACCACUUCCAUGCAGCGGCUUACCUCUGAGAUCAACUCCGAAUCGGAGGACAACUCUGUCUUGGGCUCUUUCGCCUCCUCAGUGCUCCCGCCGAUUGGUUUGGGGUCCAGACAGGGGUCAGAUCCUGGAGACGGUGAAGACAAGAGCGACACGGGAACAAGCACGUCAUCGAGUAUGAUGAGUUCAAACUCUGGCCACGUGCCGAAUUCUGCAAGCUUCAAUCCGGAGCUGCUGAUUGGUGAACGAAGGCAUUCCUUUGAGGUUGAGGAAGUGGACAUUGACGCCAAUCCUCCAGCCCGACGACGUGCCAGCCUGCAUUGGACAGAACUGAAGCAGUCAGCGAGACUGAUGUUAUGGUCCAAACUGAAGCGGCGGCGGGGCCUGCUGCCCUCAUUGAACGAGGAUGCGUACGGCGAGGACCCUGCACCAUCGGCAUCGGUUCGGAUGCAGGAUGAGGAGCCUGUGCCAGGUGUGCCAUUUGCCCGAGAGGUAGUUCAUUUCGAAGAGGGCACUGCAGAGCCCUUGCGCACAGCAAAACGUCGGGAAUGGCGGCCGCCAACACCACACCCUGCGCAAUCUACAGAGGCUGCAAGACGAACGAACCCUGCUGCCCAACGGGCCUUCAAGGAACGACUCGGUUUGCAGGCUCCUCAAAAGCGUGGUUUGAAGUUCGACUGGUUAGGAUGGGGCUCCUAGCAGAGAAGGGGGGAGGUUGGACGGGGACAGACGAAGUAGCCAAGUCUUCAAGUGGCGGUUGAAAGAUGAGGGAUGGCGGCU